UUACUUUUUCAUGCUUACAGUUUACAUUUUUAUUUUAUAUUUUUCCUCAGAAGAAGUUCAAAAACAAAUAGCAGAAAAUAACCCUUUUUCUUUUGAAAUGACUGGGCUAGUGAACAAUACAUCGCAAAAUACAGUGGACGUACGAAUGGGAAAGGAAAGCACAACGCAUGAGUCUUUUUUAUUGUUUUCUACCAAUGUAGAAGAUACUACGACAAUGAUUACAAUGUCAGAGAAAGGGAAGUAUGACCCGAACGAUAACGCUGUAAGGAGUUUGGAGUUAAAUAGCACCGAAGAUGUAAAAUUCUCAGGUCACAUUGUGGAUGUACCAGGAAAACGUGAAGAACCAAAUGAGUCCUUAUCCUUUUCAUCCUUUAUUGAAGACACUGUGACAAUGAACACGAGGUCGCCAACUGCUGUGUACUCCGGACCAAAAGAGCUAUACAGUACCGAAGAUGAAGAAUUCUCAGGUGAAAUUGUGUAUGUACAAGAAAAACGUGAAGGCACAAAUGAGUCCUUAUCCUUUUCACAGUUGACAGAAGACACUGUGGCAAUGAACACGAUGUCGCCAACUGCAGGAAACGUAACCAAGGAAUCAAAUGCAACAAAGAAGGAACCAGAAAAUGGUUCUUCUCAGAGGCGAUCAGUAUGGAUAGGGAUUCUUGGCUGUUUUAUUAUGUCUAUUUGGUCUUUAUUUGUUGCUCAUUAG